GUUGAUCUCAUUUCAAAUUUAAAGGUCUCUCUUUUGCUUUAGAAAACUCAAAUCCUACUAUCUCUGCCGAAGACCACAAUCUCAACGACUUCAUCCAAAACUCCCUAGUUUCAAAAAAUUGGAAGUCAGGAUGACUGAUGCUAGCGAGGAUUUGAAGUUCACUUUGAAGGUGAUGUUCGACAAGAAGAACAAGAAGGUGCUCUUUGCAGAAUCCCACUACCACUUUGCAGAUUUUUUGCUGAGCUUCUUGAGUUUGCCGCUUGGAAGAAUUAUCAGAGUCCUCAACGACCACUAUGGUGAGAAGGCGCCCGCCAUCGGAAGCCUAAGCAAUUUGUACCGUAGCUUAGCAGGCGUUGACAAUGCUGGCUUUGUCUCGGAGGACGCUAAGAAGAUUCUACUCAAUCCAAGAAGUCCAUUUGAAGUUGAAUACAAAAAGCUUAAGCUUCGUAUCACUCGUCCCCAGUAUACUCAAUACUUCGAAUGUCGCAGUUGCGGUCAGAGUACUCAUAGUAUAAGCAUGUACUGUGAUCAAGCUAUUUGCAUUAGAUGCCCAUCAGGUCAUAUUUCAACGAUAGGUGAAAGUAUAAGACUGCCUAAAGUUUAUUCUGAAGGAGUUUUUGCCGCGGAAAGAGCUUCUUUCAUCAUUUCUGAUGAUCUGCAGAUAUUUCCGAGUGUUAUAGGUAUCUUUCAAAUCAUCAGCAUUCUUGGCAUUACAAACAUGGACGAGGCUGAGUCGAUUGAUGUGAAUAUAGGGUUCAAUGAGAUGUUGAGUUUGCUGAGGGGGUCCUUUGUGUCCUCAACUCCAUUGUCGGACUUCAUACUAAGCAAAACAAGUUUGCCUCUUGCUUUGGAGCCAAUGACAAUAGUUAAUCCUAAUGAGUUUCGAGAAAAGGUAGGGGCUAAGACGAUGGUUUUGAAGGUGAUUAUACAAAGAUCUAAGGGUAAGUUCUUGUAUGCUCUUGCUGAGGAUGAUUUUGUUGAGUUUCUCUUUACUCUCUUCAUCAUCCCGCUGGGAGGAGUUGGGCAUCUUCUUGCCGGCAAGACUUGUUUUAAGGCUAUAGACAACUUGCAACGGAGUGUAGCUGAUCUGGCAGACAAGUAUUUCAAGAGUCCAAGUGUGAAAAAGGGACUAGUGAAACCUAGUCUUGUUCAUGGUUCUGUUUCCGAGAACUACAUUCUUCCCCUUGAUCAACAAUGCAUGACUCGUGAUGAACUUGAAAAUUUCAAAUUUUCUUCCCUUACGUUUCCGAAAGGGCAGGGUAGAUAUCUUGAGGGACCAAUAACAUAUAUGGUGACGGAUGAUUUAACAGUGAAUCCUUAUUGUAUCCAAUCAGCAAUUUCCACUCUACGUGAGAAGAAUAUCCCUAUGUCUGAUAUCAAAGAAAAAGAGGUGCAAGUCGGAUUGAGAGAGGCUUUAAGCAUAUUGAAAGCGUCUCUUACAUCCACUUAUGCUCUCACUGAUGCUCUGCUUAGUUCCGCGUCGAUUAAACCACCAAAGACAGAAGCCUGAGUGUGUGUUAUGCUUAUGGAUAUUAUUAAUCAUUUUGAUCUUGGUAUUGAUAGCUAUUGACCUUUAUUUUCAUAUAAAGUAUGCUUAUGAAUGUUGUUUCUCCUUGUCAUUUCCUUGUAACAUUAUGGGGGCGAACAAAUUUAUGUAAAUCAAAUUUACACAGAUUUGAUUAGUCAUGUUUUUGAAGAUAUAU